GAAAUGUAAAAGGAAAAUAUUGAGGAGGCAAAAAGGGCAAAGGAAAAAAAUAAGUUUCCCCGCCUCGGCGGUCAUCGGAAGUGAAAGCAGUGAAGCAGUUUUCAGUUGCAUCUGAAAGCUCAAAAUUUUCUCUCAUCCAUGGACGUACCCAAUUCCUCCUCUGUCCGAGUACUUAUCCGGCCGCCACCAUUAUCAACUCCCACUUCCUCUUCCUCUUCACCUUCCCCAACUCCUCUCCCUCCUCAUUCUGCUUUACCGGAACCCUCUACUUCGUUUUCUCCUUCCUUGCCUUCGCCAUCCCUUCCUCGCUUUUCCGACACUGUCGUUGUCGUCGGUUUCAUUGGAAGGAGACCUGAUGAUUCGAUUCAACUCAUCAAUCGGGUUAUUGAUUCCAAUGUCUUUGGGUCCGGUAAAUUGGAUAAGAAAUUAGAUGUCGAGAAAGAGGAAGUUCGAGAAUGGUUCAAGCGGCGAAGAAUUAGUUAUUACCACGAGGAGGAAAGGGGCAUUCUCUUUUUGCAAUUUUCUUCCCACAGGAGCUCCGUGUUUGAUGCCGAAGCAGGUUAUGAUUCGGAGAUUCAAGAGCAUGAUUUUGGCGAUCUUCAGGGAAUGCUUUUUAUGUUCUCUGUUUGCCAUGUAAUCAUAUAUAUUCAGGAGGGGUCGCGGUUUGAUACUAGUAUUUUGAAAAAGUUUAGAGCUUUACAAUCUGCUAAGCAUGUUUUAACUCCAUUUGUAAAAUCUCGGGCUACACCACCAUUGCCAUCUAGGCUGCAGUCUUCAUCUGCCUCACGGUCUGUUGCUUCAGCACCUGUGUCUAAUAAUUCUUCUCCAAUUAGAAGUGGUUCUAUCUUAACACGCAAUGCCUCUGGCAUCUCUGUAAUGUCGGGUUUAGGUUCUUAUACCUCAUUGUUUCCUGGGCAGUGUACUCCAGUCAUACUUUUUAUUUUCGUUGAUGACUUCUUAGAUGGCCCAAUGAUUAGUUCCAAUGUGGAGGGAAUAGAAACAACAUCACUUAAUCAGUCUCCAAGUUCAGACAGUAUAUCUAGGCCAAAUGUGCCAGUUAAAGGUUCUGGAUCUGUAGUUGUGCUUGCCCGUCCUGUGAGCAAAUCAGAAGGUGGUUUCAGGAAGAAAUUGCAAUCAUCUCUUGAAGCACAAAUUCGUUUUCUAAUCAAGAAAUGUCGAACGCUUACUGGUUCUGACACCAGUCAUGCUGGGUCUAGAGGUGGAGGCGCCUCAAGUUCUGCACCUUUGUUUUCACUUGAUGCAUCAAAAGCUGUUGUUCUGGUGGAUAGGUCUGCAAAUAAUACAGCCGAGUCUCUGGAGUUCGCCACGAGCCUUGUGGAAGAUGUUUUGAAUGGAAAAACUACUUCUGAUUCUCUUCUUCUUGAAAGUCUUGGCCAAAGUGCUAGCAAAGAGGAUAUAGUGUCUCUGAAGGAAUUUAUUUAUCGACAGUCUGAUAUUCUAAGGGGUAGAGGUGGGAUGGUUCAUAGUGCAAGCAGUGGUUCAGCUGGUGGGGUUGGCAUGGUUGCUGUUGCAGCUGCUGCAGCUGCGGCAUCAGUCGCAUCUGGAAAAACCUUUACUACUCCUGAACUUCCAAGUAUGGAAAUUUGGUUGUCUUCAAGUCAACAAAUUCUCCAGGGAAUUCUCUCUGCAAAAGGUGGUUGCAUAGAUGAAGUGGAAAUUAGUAAACGAAAACCACGUCAUCGGCACAUUCAUUCUGCAUCGAUUGAGGGAAAUGCUUUGAAGGGUAUGGAUCCUUUAGAUAUUGCUGUAUCUUGGUUGGAAAGUGGUAAAGGUUUAAAUAUGAAGUUUUCAACUUCAUGGUGUGAAAGAGCAUUACCAGCUGCAAAGGAGGUUUAUCUAAGAGAAUUACCUGCGUGUUACCCUACAUCACAGCAUGAAGCCCACCUGGAGAAGGCUUUACUUGCUUUCCAUUCAAUGGUUAAGGGACCUGCAGUGCAACAUUUCGCAAAAAGGUUGGAGGAAGAAUGCAAAUCUAUUUGGAAUUCUGGGAGGCAACUAUGUGAUGCCAUUAGUCUGACUGGAAAACCAUGUAUGCAUCAGAGACAUAGCACUGAGAAUGGAGAUUCGCCUUUAGAAACCAUGCCAAAAAAUCAUUCAAGUGGAUAUGUCUUCCUACAUGCUUGUGCUUGUGGCCGUUCACGACGACUACGAUCCGAUCCUUUUGAUUUUGAAUCAGCAAAUGUUACUUUCAACCGUUUUGCUGACUGUGACAAUUUUCUUCCAGUUGUACAGUUCCCAGGAGUAAGCAUGACAGGACCCAUUCAACCAUCAUCAUGGACUCUGAUUCGAGUUGGUGGUGCAAAGUACUACGAUCCUUCAAAAGGUUUGCUCCAGAGUGGAUUUUGUCUGACUCAAAAGUUCCUACUCAAAUGGAAAAUUAGUACUCGAAUCAGGAAGACUCCAAUCGAUUUUACAGAUAAUAUAAUGUUGCAUGGUUCCUUAAUUAAGUCACUCGUAGACCCUAAGGUUGAACCUAAUGUAAAUGUAAACACGAAGAUGGCAGAUGUAGCACAACUGAAGGCUAGGGAUUUACAGCCUGGAAUCAAUAAUGAAAGAAAUUUCACAGGUAACACUAAAGCUGAAGAUAAAAAAAGCACAAGCGGUAGAAUCCUUCCCAACUUUACCCUACGGAAACCUUUUUCUGAGGUUGUGGCUGGAUCGUCAGGUGUAGAUGUUCGAUUUCCACCUCUCCAGCAGAGGAAACAUUCUUCAUCAGAUAUUGAUAAGCGUAUCAAGCAAAGUAAGGUUGUUAAUAGUCACGAACGAGGCUAUGUUACUGUUGAUAACCUUGGCUCAAGGAACUUGGAAAAUGUUAUUAAGCUUUCAAAAAACUCAAAUGAGAUUAGCAACAAUGAGCAUUCAGAUAGCGAUGCCUUUCUACAGGUAGGUACUAAUGUAGUUCCAAUGAAUGCUAAUAGUCUUGAAAAAACUAAAAACCCUCUUCUGAAGCAAACACUUGUAUAUAUUGGCUUUGAACAUGAGUGCCCUCAUGGGCACCGCUUCCUACUAAAUCCUGACCAUCUUAAGGAACUUGGAUCGUCUUUUGCCACAAUUAAAGAAUCUCAUACUCCUGCACAAGGUGCUGAAUGCAAUAUGGUUGAUCCUCUGAAAUAUGGUAAAAACGAUCGUCAUGGUAAAGCUCGUGAUAGUGUUAGUGUAGCAAAUGCUACUGGCUCAAGUAAGGAAAGAAGUUUAGAUAAGUUAAAGGAUGCAGUUAGUGGUGGUAACAUGUAUUCAGAUGACCAGUCAAACAACAUUAGAAGAAUGACAGCAAACAAUCUGACAUCUGUUAGUGCAACAGUCUCCAAUUCUAUGAAGGACCUAGAAAAAGGUGUUAAGUCUAUUGGCAGUGAGGACAAUGGAUCUGGUUUCUCCAUGUUGAACCGAGACCUACCAAUUUUCAUGAACUGCCCACAUUGCAAGCUCUCAAAGAAUGAAAAAGAUCCCCCAAAUGUUAAGUUCUCUGGCACAAUAUCUCAACUUCAAAGGAUUUUCAUGGUGACACCUCCCUUCCCAAUAGUUUUGGCUACCCAUCCAGUGAUACAAUUUGAGGAGUCGUGUCUGCCCCUUUCUGUUCCAGGAAGGCAGCAGAAACUACAGUUCACAUUUGGAUGCCAAGUGGUCUUGCCCCCCGAGAGUUUUCUGACACUUCGGCUUCCAUUUGUCUAUGGGGUGCAACUUGAGGAUGGAAGUUUUCACCCUCUUAACCCUCUUCAACAUCAACCUGAAGCGACUGCAUGGAUUAUUGGGGGCACAACAUUGCAGAUCCUGUCAAAGUCUGGCAAUCUAGAUGAGGGAUCUCAAACAUAAUCAGAAUUUUUUUAAACAUUGGAAGCUUGAUCUGUAUGACCUGCAUCUGUGAAGGGUUUCAGUCAUUCAAUAAAAAAGAGAUGCACGCAUGUUUUACCAGGUUCAUCAAAGUGUUGGUAAGAUAUCUCAAGCAAUGACUGGGGAUGUAAAAUGUGAAGUGUCUAUCUGGAUACUUCCUCUUUGGUGGUUAUCGCAAUGGUACGCAUACAAUAAAUACCCAGUGACUGUGAGCUGCUUCUUCCAGACUGGAUGAGACCAGCCUAUUAAGAUGUUUCCAGCCUCCAGGGAGGAUUUUGUAUUGAUCCAUCAAUCUACUGUUACCAGAGUCUUGACAGUUGAUCCUUGACACAUUAGCAAAGAGGGGAGCGGACAUGUGGGAUCAAUUUCACUGAUGGAUUAUACAAUUCCAGAACCGGUAAGGAUUGGUUUUCCAUAUUGCAUCUGAUCGUCGUUAGUUUUACUUGUGAGUUGUGACAGAACUGAAGAACCUCUGAAUUAAGUGAGCCAAAGUGAGUUUGGUUCAAUGGUAUUGACAUGACCUUCGUCUCUAGAGGUUGGAUACUCAAUUACUCACCCCGCAACUGUGUUAAUUUAAAGAUGUUUCUAAAGCUGAACCAUUCCCCAUUGCUGUUGAUUCCUCCUCCCAAAUAAUGAACUUCCAUCACGAAGGAACACAACUGUGCAAUGACCAUUCCAACAAUGUUCCUCGAAAAUUCCCCAACCCCAUGCUGUUGACCAACAAUUCCUGACCUCACUGCAACUGCAUGUUGAAUCUGGGAGUUCAAAUUCAACAAAAACAAGAGAUGUUGAUAUUAAGUGUUCUCAUUUAGCUCUUGAAGUUAUUAUAUUGGGAUGUAUAAAUUGUGUAGCUUUUAUCAAACUUGUAUGUUGGAGUACUUUAUACAAAAUCAAGCAUAGGUAGGUAAUGGUUUUUUUUUUCUUUUUAAAUUUUAAUUCAACAAUGGUGAGAACAAAAAUUUAAUCUUCAACUUUGGAGAAAGAAACGAUUGAUUGUCUUGUAUUUUUCUGUGGCACAAUGGAAAUGUACAAUAGUUGGGAUUGAGUGCAUUCAAUAAAAAGUUUAUUAUUUAAGAA